AUGGAAUUCCAACUCGAGUUGAUAGCCGCCUCCGCCGGCGCCGCCGCCUGUCUGGUUUUCUUGUGGCUCCGCCGUGAUGACGGCAGCCUCCACGACGGCGAAGACGACCCAACGGCGUUCAUCUUCAGCGCCGACGAUGAAAGUGACGGAGAAAAACGGCCUUACUGCGCCGUGUGUCUUAACAACAUCUCCGGCGGCGAGAGGUGCCGGAAGUUGAGGGAGUGCGGGCAUUGUUUCCACGUGGACUGCGUGGAUGCGUGGCUUCAGAACCACUCUACCUGCCCGCUGUGCAGAACCCAAGUCUCCGGUCACGUUUUCCGGCGUGAAUAUGAACGUGGGGUGUUGGAUUUCUUGGUUUCGUGGUCGGAGAUUAUCCUGGACAAGAUUUGCAACCCUCUUAACCAGGAGUUUAGCUCAAUGUUGUGUGAGGGGAUGCAUGGUAGUCGCUUAUGA